CCCGACCCGCAAUCAACGUGAUGUUGGGACUAGUCCACAGUUUUUCCGAUAGGAUAAAAACGGGAAUACAUAGACAGUAUGACUAUGUAAAACACAAAGUUACAUCUAUCGUUUAUAUAAUAACAGUUUUCAUUGUGAUAUUAUGGCUGUCAGUCUUUAUGUACGGCACUUUCUAUUAUACGUACGUGCCGUCAUUUUCUCGGGUUGAACAUGUGCAUCUCGAGUUUAGUGUGUGUGAUGAUGGCGUGGGGAUGUGUUCCUUUCCAACUGCCAAUCUGUCAUUGCUGAAGGAAGGAGAAGAUGAGGUGUUUGCCAGGGGACAGAUAUACAGUAUAAUUCUGGGGAUAGAACUACCUGAAUCUCCUCAGAAUCAAAAUCUAGGAAAUUUCAUGGUUAAGUUGGAUUUAUAUAAUCAUGCAGGAAAGACAAUCACCUCUGUCUCCAGGUUGGCAAUUCUUCACUUUAGAUCCAUGCUGUUACGCAUCAUGGACACAUUCACUUUCUCACCGUUUCUCCUGUUUGGCUGGAUGGAACAACGACAAUCUCUGUCAGUGGAGUUUUUCUCAAAGUACCAGGAUGAUUCAUACAAUCCUGCAAUUGGUGCAGUAAUUCAGGUCAUGAGCAGGAAGAUUGAUUUGUAUUCUACCAAGCUUUUCAUCCAAGCUCAUUUCACAGGCUACAGAUAUAUUCUGUUCCACUGGCCGGUGUUCUCCGCUGUAUUUGGAAUCAGCUUCAACUUCGUGGCCCUCUUGUUUAUCUUCACAUUGUCGUGGUACCAGUUUGGUAGAAAUGAUGUCUCUAAGUCCGAGUUUGAUAUGGAGCCUGUUGAUAAACCUUGGGCCAGAUCAGAGUUGGAACCAGAGUCAGGAUCAGGUUCAGUAACUCCACAACUUGUUGGGUUGCAAGAUGAUGAAGAAACCGAGUUAUUGUCAACAAACAGAGCCGAGGAUUCCAUCUUAGAAUGUCAUACCGCCCUACAACAGUGAUGGAGUGGGUUAUCUACUGACAGGGUCGGGGACUUAGUUUUACCGCCCUACAACAGUGAUGGAGUGGGUUAUCUACUGACAGGGUCGGGGACUUAGUUAUACCGCCCUACAACAGUGAUGGAAUGGGUUAUCUACUGACAGGGUCGGGGACUUAGUUAUACCGCCCUACAACAGUGAUGGAGUGGGUUAUCUACUGACAGGGUCGGGGACUUAGUUUUACCGCCCUACAACAGUGAUGGAGUGGGUUAUCUACUGACAGGGUCGGGGACUUAGUUAUACCGCCCUACAACAGUGAUGGAGUGGGUUAUCUACUGACAGGGUCGGGGACUUAGUUAUACCGCCCUACAACAGUGAUGGAGUGGGUUAUCUACUGACAGGGUCGGGGACUUAGUUAUACCGUCCUAAAACAGUGAUGGAGUGGGUUAUCUACUGACAGGGUCGGGGACUUAGUUAUACCGCCCUUCAACAGUGAUGGAGUGGGUUAUCUACUGACAGGGUCGGGGACUUAGUUAUACCACCCUACAACAGGGAUAGAGUGGGUUAUCUACUGACAGGGUCGAGGACUUAGUUAUACCGCCCUACAACAGUGAUGGAGUGGGUUACCUACUGACAGGGUGGGGGACUUAGUUAUACCGCCCUACAACAGUGAUGGAGCGGGUUAUCUACUGACAGGGUCGGGGACUUAGUUAUACCGCCCUACAACAGUGAUGGAGCGGGUUAUCUACUGACAGGGUCGGGGACUUAGUUAUACCGCCCUACAACUGUGAUGGAGCGGGUUAUCUACUGACAGGGUCGGGGACUUAGUUAUACCGCCCUACAACAGUGAUGGAGUGGGUUAUCUACUGACAGGGUCGGGGACUUAGUUUUACCGCCCUACAACAGUGAUGGAGUGGGUUAUCUACUGACAGGGUCGGGGACUUAGUUAUACCGCCCUACAACAGUGAUGGAGUGGGUUAUCUACUGACAGGGUCGGGGACUUAGUUAUACCGCCCUACAACAGUGAUGGAGUGGGUUAUCUACUGACAGGGUCGGGGACUUAGUUAUACCGCCCUACAACAGUGAUGGAGUGGGUUAUCUACUGACAGGGUCGGGGACUUAGUUUUACCGCCCUACAACAGUGAUGGAGUGGGUUAUCUACUGACAGGGUCGGGGACUUAGUUAUACCGCCCUACAACAGUGAUGGAAUGGGUUAUCUACUGACAGGGUCGGGGACUUAGUUAUACCGCCCUACAACAGUGAUGGAGUGGGUUAUCUACUGACAGGGUCGGGGACUUAGUUU